AUGCGCGCGCCCUCGGCAGAACCCAUCGGCCCCAUGGCGGUGACUGCUUCUUCUCCAUCCCAGCCUUCGCAUUCAUCAGCGACAGCGCUCUCGCAAUCUAAACUGCAUCCCGAGGCGGCGGCGGUCCAUAUUUCGUCCGCCUCCUCCUCCUCCCAGUCGCCACACACCGACGACGACGACUCUCUUCCAGCCGCUCACCAGACCCCAACCCCAUCCUCUUCCACAUCACCACAGCCCAAAUCCGCCAAGAUGCGCAUCCCAUCCUCAGAUGUAGACGACACCAGCAGUAUAGGCUCCAGAGACGCUGUCUCCGCUGCUGCCAAAGUCCACAUCAAGAGCGGCAUCUCCUCACCUCGCUCCUCCGUAUCCUCCUCGGCCGCCGUCCGACGUGGCGCUUGGAGAGCCUUGGGUGCUGCCUCCUCCGCUUCAGCCUCUCGUAGCUUCACACAUGCCUACCGCAGGUCUUAUGCUUCCUCGAGCUCAUCUGAUCACGGCACUGACGACCUUCCGGCCACUAGCUCGAGCCUGCUUGCAUCGGGCGCUGCUAUUCCUUCAGCACCUAGCCCCGCAGCUAAUGACUUUUCAGAUAGCGAACCGGGCGAGGGCGAGGGCGAGGGCGAGGGCGAGGGCGAAAAUGGCUACCAGGACAAUCCGCAGGAGCUCAACGUUGCCGAUCAUCCCGCCUGGCACAGAAUGCGCACUCAACCCGAUGUUGCUGCCCCGGGUACCCUCAGCUAUCUUCCUUCUGUUCCGCCAAAGGCUGCGACUCUUUCGGCGGUGGAGCCCAGCGCAAGCACAAAUGCAGAAGCGCAACAAUCAUCCACCCCAUCUUGGCAAAAGCCAGCCCCAGCGUUUUCGCAUCCCUUCCGAGAUGCAACAUCGGAACGCAAAGCAGCGCCUCGAGGCCCAUCCGACAAUGCCUCUCAAGCCAUCCAUGUCAGCAGAGAUACAAAAUCAGCCGCUUUUGCCACCACCACCGAUCAAGAUGACACAUCUCUCCAGUUUGUCGAGGCUGGCGCCUACGACUGGGCCAAUUUUGUUUACGCAUAUGCAAGAGGCAGAUGGAACCCGGGACUCAUACCGCAGCCACCAGGGCAAUCGACAGCCGUUCCUGGUGCCAAGGUGCUCAUCAACACCGUCAACGAUCCACCGGCAGACGAUAUCGCAUGUGCCAAUAACCUCGUCAACACUCGCAGACCGUCUCUCGAGUACAUCCUGCCCGACCCCGAGCAAGCCCCACCGUCCGCACCCAUGCCCAUCGUCUCAGAGUUUGGUCCACAAAGCCUUCCCCUGAGCUCCCGAGGAAGCGCUGAUGCGCACACAGACGCUGGCGAUUCCAACACGGUUGCUUCUCUUCCCCUUGCUGAGACCGGCUCAGCGCCGAUCGCCCAAAGCUUCGACAAGACUCCUAUGCGCCCCCAUACGCUCGAAUACAUUUCUUCUCCCAGAACGGAUGCUUCCCAGCUUGAAGCUGCCCAAGCUACUGGUGCUGCUGAACCCCAGCCCAAUGCCACAACCAGCAACGGCAUUGAUGCCAACAUCCUCACCGCCCUUCGAAAGCCUUCAGCCAGUAUGUCAGCGGUCUCGCGCCUCCGAACAAGCGCAGAUCGAGCAGCUCUGGCCGACUCAAAGCUUCAUCGACACGCCCACCAUGCUCGCUCAGACAGUGCAGAAGAGGGACACUCUCCGCAGAGAGCAAGAACCGUCCCUGGAGCGAUCCCAUCCACCGGUGCCCAAAAGGACCUGCCUUCGCAAGCAGAUCAUGCAGGCUUGGCCUCCGCUGCCCAGCUCCAACAUACGCCAUCGAAAGUCACCCGCAGCCAAAAAUCGGACUCGGUGCUUGAAGCUGCCAACGAUACAGCGUUGCCUCGAACCACAUUCCCGGCCGACGAUCCACGCCAUCCGAUAGUCAAGACACCUACUCGCGCUAUUCCCGACCCUCUGAAGGACACCACUCCUGUACGCCAAUCAGGCUCAGGUAAAGAUGCAGCAGCAGCAGCAAUCUCCCCGAUGACAAUGCCCAUAGCUGGAACGACAGCAACUACACCAGCACGGAGCCAUAACAAGCUUUUGCAUGGCAAUGGCAACGAGUCGAGCAACGUGUCAGCUGCAGCACCCGCCCUCGCUUCUCCCCACAAGGAGAACUCCGAGUCAGAGGGGCUCAACAGGCCUGGACCGACACCUAUCCAAUCCACUCAUGGCCCAUCAAAGGAACCGAUCGCCUGGCAGUCGGCGCCCGAAGGUCUUUUCAGCUUCGCAGAGACCAUGCCACGCCAGGCGUCUGGCAACGAUGGUGUUGAGCCAAAGGCCUCCUACUUUAAUGAGCUCGCACUCGACAACGUCACUGUGGCCGGCUUACGUCGCGCCGCUCGGAGAACGAGCAUGGAGAGAUCGGAGAGAACCGAGUUGGGACGCACUCAACUCAAUGGACGUCGCGCCUCGAAAGGUCUGUUGGUCUCGCACAGCGCCAGCUUCCCUGGCAGCUCACCUCGCCCCUCGUUCUCGGCAGUUGGUGGACCGCAUGAAGGUGUCCAGCCGCUCUCGCAUCUGUCCAUGGGUGGUGCCACCUCGAGCUCCGGCACUUCUGCUUCCGCCUCUGCCUCCACCAGCAACGGUCCCACUGUCAACGUAGCUCACUUUGUCGGAGGCAGACACAGUGGAGAGACUCGCAUUGAUUUACGCGGCACGGUGACCAGCUCGCCCCUUGCUACAGCCAGAGAUGUGGAUGACAAUCCUAAUGCCGCUCUUGUAGCACACGACGUUAGUGCAAAGGACAUAUCACUAGCCGCCAACGCAGCCGCGCCACCGAGACCAGCCAUGUCUAGCACAACCUCGCAGCGCAUCCAGUCAUAUUUGGCAGCGGGCAAACGUGCCGAGAUCUUCUAUCUUGACCACGGCUACCUUCCAUCCAUCUUGCCACCCCACGAAGAGACGAGACUGCAUGCACUCUCUCGAUACGGUCCACCCAAGAUCGCAGGCAACCCCAACUUUGAGCGGAUCGCACACCUGGUCAAGCUCGUCUUCAACUCGAAGCUCGUGCUCAUCACCUUGGUGGGAGAGAACGAGCAGAUCUUUCAAGCACAGAUGGGUGGAGGCGGUGAGAUCACGAUUGCCUCGCUCCAAACGCUUGCUGGCUCGCGCAACUGUUCUUUCUGCUCGCAUGCCAUCUUGCAGAACAGUGACGAGCCGAUUGUCAUUUUUGAUGCAGCUAAGGACUGGCGCUUCUCUGGCAAUCCGCUUGUCAAAGGUGCGCCUGACAUUCGCUUCUAUGCUGGUAGCCCUCUCCGAACCUCGGACGGCUUCAACAUUGGCAGUCUUUGCUUGAUCGACGACAAGCCACGCACCGAAUUUGGACCGCGCCAACGCCACACGCUCAAGGAGUUUGCUCGCGUUGUGAUGCGUGAGAUGGAGCUGUUGCGCGACAAGAUCCAGUUCAGCAUGCGAGAUCGCAUGCAGCGUUCCGUGGAGCUCUUCACUAAAGAGUGCUUGGAGAUGGAUUCCGAGGAGGGCGAGAAUACUGCAGUCGCCUCAGUGCAGGGAACGAUCGGCACGCACAGAGUCUUCCAAUUGGCGGCUAGGAGCAUGCGAGAAGCCUUGCAGGCCUGUGGUGCCGUCAUCUUUGACCUCUCCCACUUUGAGCUCAUCGAUUCCUAUGAGAACGACUUUGCCCCUGCUGAUCUGGGCACGGGCACGAGCAGUAAGAUCUACUUUGCCAAUCCACUUUCCUCACAAAACAUGGGCACGGCAGCUUCUGGACCCAACAACACCGGUGCUGGCUCCAACCUCGGUCCUGCUUCCGACAACGGUGACACUGCUACGGCCAGCGAUGCAUCUACCACACCCAGCAAGAAGCGUGUUCGCGAACGCAACUUUGAUGGUUCCACAGGCGCCGAGACGUUCAGGUCUCCUUGCAGCUCACCUCUGGCAGAUCAGAGCGCCAGAGCAAAACGAGUGCCGCCCAUGAACGUGCUUGGAGCCAGCGAAACUGACCAUGUUCCGCCUGAACGUACCGAGUUUGUGCCUCUCAGUCACCACGUGCAGAUGGCCGAGUUCUUGCGCCUCAACCGGACGGGCAGGUUCUACUCGUACGCUCCGCCACCUUUCCGAUCGCUGCUUCCACAUGGUGUUACCGGCCUGCUGCUGGUACCCAUUUUCGGCCUGAACAAGCAGCCGUUUGCUCUGCUCUGCGCAUAUAUCACCAGCUCAGGGCGUUCGAUUGCGCUCGAGGAGCUGCAGGUGAGCGGUCUGCAGUACCUGCGAGCGCUCGGCAUGAUUGUGCUCAGCUCGAUCCUCAAGAAGGACAUCAUGCUCGCAGACAAGGCCAAGAGCAACUUCAUUUCCAACAUCUCACACGAGUUGCGCACGCCGCUGCAUGGUAUCCUUGCCGCAGCUGAACUACUUGCAGAGACCCAACUGAACUCGACGCAAGGCUCUUACCUCGAGACGGUGGAAGCGUGCGGCAAGAGCUUGCUCGAGCUUGUCAACCAUGUGCUUGACUUUACCAAGCUCAGCGGAAACACUCGACAAGGUCAGAGGUCGGCACACAGCAAGAGCAAGUGCGAUAUGGUCAAGCUCAUCCAGGAAGUGUGCGAAAGCAGCUGGAUCGGCCAAAUGGCAAGGCAAGUGGAAAGUGCAUCUUCUUCUGGCAUUGGCAGUGUUUACGCGCCGCCUACAGAGGCAAGCGGAGCAGCAGGUGGAAGCAUGGUUCAAGCACGAGCACGUGCUGCGCGGAACAACAAGGUGGAGACGGUGAUCGACAUUGCGCUGCGAGAGGAUGGCUGGCUGGUCAAUUGCGAUACGGGAGGUAUCCGACGUGUACUAAUGAACCUGAUCGGCAACUCGCUCAAGUUCACCUCGGCUGGUUUCGUCCAUGUCUCGCUACGUGAAGUGCAGAGCUCCAAGACGCAUAUCAUGAUCGAGCUCUCGGUCACUGACACGGGACGAGGUAUCUCGCGAGCCUUCUUGGAGGAGCAGCUCUUCCAUCCAUUCACGCAGGAGAACCCGCACGGCACGGGUACAGGUCUCGGACUCUCUAUCGUCAACAGCAUCGUCCAAUCGCCUUCGCUCAACGGCAAGAUCGACGUGUGGAGUACAGAGGGAGAAGGAACCGAGAUCCGCGUCACUUGCGAGCUGGAACUGUGCGAAGAGGAGGAUAUGGAAGGACCGACGUACAAGCCUGCUGUCAAUGUUGAUCAGAAGUACAGCGUCGCGCUGCUCGGCUUUGACGAGUCGCGUGGUGAUCAGGAUUUGCGUCUUGCUCUCGAAGGGUACUUGCUCAACUGGUGGGAGUUCAAGCUUUCGGAGCAGACGAAUGCCAAUGGCCACGUUCAGCACAGCGAUGUCCUUGUCGUCAACGACGAGAUGAAGCUGUUGGAGGAGAUCAAGAGGCAACGCAAGGGUCAGUUGCCUCCCGUCAUCUUCCUCACAGCCAGCCGUGGCGAGGCGGACACUGCCAAGGCAUGCGAAGACUACCAUGCAGCUGGGGGUGUCGCGCGCAUCCUGUUCAAGCCUGCCGGACCGGCCAAGUUGGAAAGUGUGGUUGACUUCUGUUUGCAGUGCCUCGAGCGUCAAGAGUGCGGAGAUCCUGUUUCGUCGGAGGAAAGCAAGCCAAGCACGCCUUUGCCAUCGCCGAGUGAAGGAGGUGCGGCGUACAGGCAGAUGGAGCAGGGCGAUAGCUACUUUGCGCCUCGUCAAAGUCGACCUGACAUGCAUAACCAUGCUGGUCACGAGCUUGGUUCUUUCGAGUCGACAAACUCGCUCACACCACGAGCAGAGGGCGAGACGCCCGGUCGGAUGAGCGACACUGGGGAUGCUACAGCGAGGCUGCAGGAGAUUCUGGCGAGAGCUCCAAUGGCUCGGGCAGACUGUCGCUCCAGGGAGCUGCGACGUCCGACUCUAGAGCCAGGAGUAGAUCGAACACGAUCGUACCACAUGUCGCCUGAACCUCCCGGCUCGAGUGGUUGCAACUCGUUGAUUCGACGACACUCAACCGAAGCACGCAUGGACACUGGCAGCGAGGAGGCAGACGCAUCCACUACCAAAGCUCUGAAGCCGAGUCGACCUUUGCUGCCUGCACGAAGCAUCACGUACCACGAACCUCGAUUGCACAAGCAUGUUCUUAUGUCGCCCCUGGUCGGCACUUUGCCGGGAUGUCGUGAUGGAGAAUCUGGCGGCGACUCGUACUUUGAAGGGAUGGCUACAGCUUGGGCGCCGCAAACACCUAACACGCCCGGCUCGACGAUCUCAUUGGAAGGAGGAGAUGGGGCUGUACCCAAGAGUGCUAUUGCUGGCAACAGUCGCAUCGGCGCAGGCUCUUGGGGCCUCUCUUGCUCGGACUCUGGCAGCGGUGCCUCAGGGAAACGGAUGCAGAUUCUUUCUGUAGAAGACAACGCGAUCAACCGUAAAGUGAUCGCAGCGUUUCUAACCAAACUGGACGUAGACUUUGUCGAAGCGACGAACGGGGAAGAAGGAGUUGCUCAGUUUGCGCGAUAUCCACCUGAGCACUUUGAUGUGAUUCUGAUGGAUCUAUCGAUGCCAGUGUUGGAUGGAAUCGGUGCUAUCUCUGCGAUACGGAAGAUGGAGCUUGAGAGAUACAAUGCGGAUGUUGGGAGGAAAGGUGGAAGUGCAGGAGUGGGAGUGGGAGCGGGAGUGGGAGCGGGAGUGGGAGCGGGAAAGCCUUCAGCUAGAUACAGGACAAAGAUCUUUGCGUUGACAGGGAGGUCUACAGAUGAGGAUAAGAGAGAAGCUUUCCAGACUGGAGCGGACGGGUAUAUUGUCAAACCACUGAGCUUCAAGGUGCUAAGCAGCUUGUUGCGGAUGUUGAUGGGCUAG